UGCUAAGCAUGUCGGCUUUGCACGCGUUUCGAUUUCUUUUCUUAUGCUCGGCGAUAAAAUGCAACUAAUAGUGUAAGGAGAACGUAUAUAUUAGAUGGUAAGCACCAAUAAAGCGAUGUAUUCAGUGAAGCGUAAAAUAAUAGUCAAGUCAAGAGUGUUCCACAAUACUUUGCGAAGGAUAGCAUGCCAUGCUGGGAGCAACCUAUAGACAACAAACUACAGUUGACAUACCGGUAUAUAACACACCAAAAUAUUCUGUCCUUGUUGUAAUUGGAAGUGUUUUGGCCGGGUACUUUGCGACAAUAUUGUUGAAAUUAAAGACAUCCAAUAGUGGUGUCACAUCUUAGACAAGUAAAUUGAGCUGUAGGCGCCACACAAAGCCAUGGACGUGGAUGGUCGGGAUUUCCUCAACACCCCUCCAAUAAAGACGGUGCGCUUUGGUGGUAAUCUUGUCAACAUGUUGGCGAAAUACAAAAAGGGUGACAAAGGGGAUUACGAGUUAUUGAAGCACCAGUUGACAGAUCCUGAUAUCAAGGAUGCUCAGAUCAUAAACUGGCUUCAAGAAUUCAGAGGCUGCGUUACUCAGUUGAGCAAAGAGCAUGAACAACUUGUCUAUGCUGUUUUAAGACUUCCUUGGCUGGGUCGGAGUCAAGCUGUGGUGGAGGAGUACUUGUCCUUCUUGAGUAACCUUGUGUCAGCCCAAACCGUGUAUUUGAGAACCUGUCUCAAAAUGGUUGUCUCCCAUUUUACUCCUGCGAGGGUAACAAUCCGUGAGGGUGAUGUGGACAUUUCCGAUUCAGACGACGAUGAUGAAAACCUUCCAAGGAAUUUUAAUCACUGUCAUCAAGCCCUGCAAAUCAUUUUAAGAUAUGUCCCAUCGACUAGUAGAUUCCUGAUGCCCAUUCUCAGUGAUAACUUCCCUUUCGUCCAGAAGUCACCUAGAACUCUUGAGUGUUAUGUCCACAACUUGUUACGAGUGACUGUGUACAUCCCAGCUCUGCGACGAGAGAUCCUGGAACUCAUCAUCAGUAAAAUGUUAUCGUUGGACGUCAGUGCACCUCGUGCUGAAAUUGAAGAGAUGGAGGAGAGUGCUGAGCAGAGGAGCUGUGAAGCAUCGCAGGACGACUGCCUGUUUGAUAUGGACGAGGAUGGUGACUCAGGUCUGGAGGCCACCCCGCCGGAGUGCUCUGCGAUGGCCCACCCCGUGGCAGAGCGCCUGGACUCCCUCAUGGGCAUCCUGCUGGCCUACAUCAAGGACGCAUGCUUCCUCAACGGUGUGCUGGAGCUGGAGAGGACCAAGGCUCUGUACCGGGACCUGCUGGGUGUGUUUGACAAGCUGAUCCUGCCCACUCACGCCUCCUACCACGUCCAAUACUGCGUCUUCUACCUCAGCAGCCUACGCCUGGGGCUGGCGGAGGCGUUUCUGGACCACCUGUGGAAGUUGCUGCAGAGCCCCUCCCAGCCCCCCAUUCUCAGGCAGGCGGCCGCCGGCUACAUUGGCAGCUUCCUGGCACGCGCCAAAUUCCUACCCGUCUCCACGGUGAGGGCAUGUCUGGACCUGCUGUUGCCAUGGCUACACCUCUACAUAGACAGCCAGGACGCCAGCUCGCGCUCCUUCUGUGACAUCACGCUGCACGGGCCCUUCUACGCCGCCUGCCAGGCCGUCUUCUACACGCUGGUCUUCAGGCACAGGGCCAUCGUGGAGGGCAACAUGAAGAAAGGGCUGGCGUACCUGCAGAGCCUGAAUCUGGAGCGUAUCGUGAUGUGCCAGCUGAACCCCCUGAAGGUCUGCCUGCCCGCCAUCACCAACAUGUUCGCUGCCAUCACCAGGAAGUACCAGCUGGUGUUCUGCUACACCAUCAUCGAGCGCAACAACCGCAGCACCCUGCCCAUCAUCCGCAGCUCCACCGGGGGCGACUCUGUGGUGGCCAACACCAACCCUCUAGACAGCUUCUUCCCCUUCGACCCCUACCUGCUCAAGAGGUCGGGUAAGCUCAUCGAGCCCCUCUAUCAGGUGUGGGAGGAACCGGACUGCGUGGCUGACAUGUCAAAGCGGGACGUCAGGAAAGCCUCAAUGGAGGAGGAGGAUGACUUCCUGCGAGGGGAGACGCCCCAGGACACGGUGAUGAUGGGCAUGACACCCGGCUCAUUUGAGUCGCACCUCCGUAGCCCCAGCAGCGUGGGCUCCCCGCCUCUCGACUUUCUCCGGCGACCCUUCUAACCCCCCACCCCCCAAUCCCCUGCUCUCACGCCCCUUCUA